UAAUAAUAAUCUGUCCAACAAAUGGUGUUUUGCAGUUAAGAUCAUGACCACAAGAUGGAGGCAGACAUCAGGGACUAACACCCUUUACAAUUUAACCACUUUUGCCACAACAAAUUUUGUGUAGAGCCGUAAAACCUUGUGUAGUUAGUUUGCUUGCUAUAGUGGUAUGUAGGGGUGCGUGAGAGAGAUGUCAGAUGGCAAUCCAACUCAUAGUGUUACUCUUUGCUGCCGUUCAGUGGUCAUAAUGAAGAACUGCGAAAAUAAUCAGUUUUUGCUUCAUGGGACUUCAAGUACUUCCUGGUAAUACUUUCACAAUAAAAGCACAGUUCCACUAGGAAAUGUAAUAAUAGCCUCACUUUUCCAGUCACUGCAGUUUUGCUUCGAAGGGCCACGGGUACGUGUUGCGACAUCAAAUUACAUCUCUUUACUGGUGGAAGUCGUCAAACAGCUGAAUCUACUUAACUUUAGCAAGCAGGUGUGUCUGUCGAGCUAAUACUAUUCAGUACUUGAAAUAAAAGACAGAUAGAGGGCGGCUAGUUGCUAGUUGAGCUGUUCACAGACAUUUGACCCGCUAAGGGAAUGGAGAAGGCCAAGCAAGAUGCAUUUGAUAAUGCCAGACUCCAAGUGAUCAAAGAUGGCUAUGAAAGAGGGUUUGAGUGCAUCAAUGAAGGACUGUCAGCAGAUGAAGUUGGGGAAAAGUCGCAGGCUCUGGAGUUGUACAAGCGAGGUCGACAGCAUCUUCUCAGGGGCAUCAGCGUGCCUUCUCGGGGCGAGGAGUGUGUUGGCAGCUCCUGGGAAUCGGCCCGGCGAAUGCAGCAGAAGAUGCAGGAGACGCUGAACAACAUCACCACACGCCUUGCCAUGCUGGAGACCAGUUGUGACCUCGAGUCUGCACCCACACAGAGUUCUAGUGGCGCACACAUGUCUUCUGGAGGUCUGUAUCCAAAGCUCGACACCAAAGCAAAGCCAGAAAGACCAGCCCCACCAUGCCUAGCCACAGAAGCUGCAAGAGGUGUAGCUGCAAGCCAUACCCCAGUGGUUCCAGCUGAGCAACCACCAGCUUACUCUCCUCAGGCUGCUGAUGGCCAUGUCUCUAUCUCUUAUGGCACAGAAUCAGGAGAGAUGUCAGUGGUCGGGGAUGAUUUCUAUAGUCGUACAUCUACUUCCUCGUCAUCUUCUCAGAGUGUGGGUGAGGACGGAGAAGAGCUGCUUUACAUCCCUAAUGGUGUUCAGAUAUUCUUUGUCACACCCGAGGGGCAAGUAAGCGCCCCAUCAUACCCCGGCUACCUGCGGCUGGUGAAGUUCACCAGUGAUCCCUCGGACAGGAUGCCCAGUAGACCGCCAGCAUUUCUGCAGGUGUGUGACUGGCUCUACCCUCUCAUGUCUGUGAACUCUCCAGUGCUAGAGUGUAACACCGGAGUUUUUAUGUUUCCGGACAUGAUGGCGCCGGCACCGGGUUACUACGUCGGGGUUGUGUUGUCGUCUGAGCUCCCUGCAGCAGACCGAGCCUUGUUUAAGAACCUGCUCUCUCAGAUGACAGAUCUCAGGGUUCAGGCCGCAGAUGAAGCUGCAGACUCUGUUAAUCUCAGUCAGAAGGUAUCCAUUGCUGCACCUGAGGAGAGGGAGAGACCACCUGGAGCUGAUGAGGCGGCAUCUGCAGAAACCGAGGAGGAGAAAACUUUGCCUGAAUGGAGUGAAAAAGUGGCAAGUGGGAUCUUAACUGGUGCUUCCUGGUUAAGCUGGGGUUUGGUCAAAGGGGCUGAGUACACAGGCAAGGCUAUUCAGAAAGGGGCGUCUAAGCUCAGGGAACACAUCACUCCAGAGGACAAGCCCACCGAUGUGAGCCCCACUGUGACCAAAAGCCUCUAUGUGGCCAAGCAAGCAACAGGAGGCGCUGUUAAAGUCAGCCAGUUUCUAGUGGACGGUGUGUGUACUGUGGCUAACUGUGUUGGUCGAGAGUUGGCUCCUCAUGUGAAAAAACAUGGAGGCAAACUGAUUCCUGAGUCCAUGAAGAAGGAUAAAGACGGGCGCUCAAACAUGGACGGUGCGAUGGUGGUGGCUGCCAGUGGAAUGCAAGGAUUCGCAACUGUUUGGAAUGGUUUGGAAGCAGCUGCUAAGGACAUCACUACAAAUGUUGCAUCAGAAACAGUCACCACCAUAAAACAUAAAUAUAGAGCUCUACAAAACGUCUCUGAUACAUCUAAUGAGAAGAACAGUACGGCACUGCGGCAGGACAAGCCACGGACAACGCUGUCAAUUCUGCCAUUAAUGUUGGUAUUACUGCCUUCAAUAUUGACAACCUGGGGAUCAAAGCUGUGGUUAAAAGAACUGGAAAGCAAACAGCACAGGCUAUUUUGGAAGACUACAAGCUUCAGGAAAAACCACAAAACGGGAAGGAAGUAGAGAAACUCACCAAAUAGCUGUUGAUAUUCUGCCUCAUUUUCUCAACAAUGCCUUAAAACUUAUUUACUAAUCAGAAAGGUCUAUAUUUAAUACUCAUUAUUUAUAAGAACAUGCUCUAUAUUUGCUAGGUAGCUACUGUGAUGUGCAUACUCCACACAUUGGUAUAGCUCUCAAGCACUUUAAAUAUACAGCAGCUGGAUCAACAUCCAGAAAGUGGAAACCAAAACUUGAAGCACAUUGAUAUGCUCUCCAUAUUUAAAUUAAGGGCAAUAUUUUACAAAUAGGAUAAAUAUUUAAAAACCUCAAGUAUUUUUGUGUUAGAUUAAAUUGAUCUAUAAACAACUAUUGCUUAAUUUUGAUCACAUAUAAUGGUUUUGUCUGUGGAGUUUAACAUUUUAUCUCUUAGUGUGCUUAUAAACAAUGUUAAGUCUAACAUCUGGAUAAAUUGAAACUUUAAAGUUUCUUUAUUUUCAUUUGUCUUUAUUUAAUCAUCCUUAAAGAAGAUUCCUACAUUCCACUAAGGUGAUUAAAAUAUUGCCUAACCUGAUAGUAUGAAAUGUAACUAAAAAUUAUGAUAUUUGUAUUAACCUACAAGCUGUAAUACUGCCUUUUGUUGUGCAAUUUUGCUGAAGAAUUGUCUUAAAAAUUUGACUUUAAUGAUAAUGAAGGUUUCUUCUGUGUGAGAGGUGAACAAAACGAGUAAUAAAUUAAUUUGUGUGAUCCUAA